AUGCGGCCGCGAGACUAUGCAGUAGUAACGUUGGCGCUCACCAUCUGCGUGCACGCCCUCCCUGAUUUCCGGCCCGUUGAGAAGCGCGAGGAGGUGAACAGCAAAAUCUUUCCGACAAACGCUGUCGCCGACGCAGAUGCGGAUCAAGGGGAGAAGCAUGAGAGGUACCUGCCCACAGCCAAGGCGACGAAGCCCAAGGCACACCAGGCUUUUGGAAAGGUCCCCGCCGUCCGUGGGACGCCCUGCUCCGCUGCUUGCGAAGGCGACCCGAGUGCAGAGGCGUGUGCCUCGUGCUGCCGCUCGGCGCCGCACGAGAUUGAUUGGCAUUGCGGCGGCGACCAGCCGGUCGGAUGCUGCUUGGGCGAGUGGAAAGAGGCGUGCUGGGACGUCGGCUCGGACGAGAACAACGGCCACGCCUGCAACCAGUGCGGACCCGCACGACCUGCCUGCUCCGUGAGCAAUCCGUGCGCGAGCGACGCCUUUUGCAACUUUGACAACGGCGACAGCGGCUUCUGCGAGGCGUGCUCUGAUUGCACGAGCGCCGGAUCCACGUGCGACACGUGCGGACUGCCCGCUGCCGGCGCGAGCGACUGCAACAGCGCGUGCGAGCCAGCCAGCUCCAGACCGACGGCCACCUGCGUUUCCAGCAUCUGCAGCUGCGAAUGCACGCUUCAUGCUACAGCGAUUCUUGAUCCUGAUGAGUUCUUUACGGAUAAUUUUGCGGAAUGCCUUGAGGAGUUCCUUGCCGCACCAGUUUGUGAUCCCAACCAGAAGAAGUCCAAGGCAUGCGGCAACGGUCGCCGCCUUGAGGCUGGCGACUACACCCUCUCCCUCGGCCAGGCGCUUGCCGCCGUCGAGGAGCUGGGCGGUGAUCUCAACGCGACCGCCACGCACAAGUUCGCCUUGCUCCGCGAGGAGCAGUGCGACCGCCUAGCCGCCUUUGCCGACGAGGAGGAGAGGGAGGGCCACGCUCAUCUUCCCCGCCUGAAGCUGGCGGAACUCGUUGGGGAGGACGGCGCUAGGCAGCUCUUCGCCUUCUUCAAGGACCACACGGAGGGGGCCCGCAUCACCAACAUAUUCAUCCGCAAGAUGCGCAGCGAUGUUGGUACCCACCUCAAGCUCCACAAGGACACCGACACCAACAUCCUCAAGGUCUACCUGGGCGGCGAGUUUGAGGGCGGGGAGAGCAUCGGCGUCAACGAGCAGAGCGGGCUGCAGGUCUUCCCAAGCACGAAAGGGUCCGGGCUGGGUGGGCGAGCUUCAAGCGCGCUCAUCUCGAACGACAAGGCGUCGCUACGCGCGGUCUUCCGCGGGGGGAGCGUCGUCGACGGGUGCGGGACCGCGGCGCAGCCAGCGCUGCGGCGAUGCCUCCGGCUGUUUGCGGCGGGCGGCUUGCUGCGCGCCGAGAUGGCGAAAAACUCGUCUCGUCGCACACCAAGGGCUUAUGCUCUGGCGAGAUGUGAGGCGCAUGCGCCCAGGUGCCAGGAGGGGAGGGGGCAUGUGUAA